AUGUACUCGUUCGCCGUCUUCAACCUGAUAACGUUGUUUCUACUUCCUGCGCUUGUCUUGUGUGCGUCUAGAACGAGUCCUCCCUCAGGCUCCAUCGUCGUGAGACAAAGUGGCACAGAGUCCGGUCAAUUCAGUACAAUCAGCGCCGCAGUAGCGUCGCUCUCCGGAACUGCAAGCGCGAGUAUCUUCGUCUAUCCGGGGACGUAUACCGAGCAGGUCGUUGUGGACUAUGGCGGACCUCUCACCAUCUACGGGUACACAACCGAUACUGGGUCCUAUAAGAACAAUGAAGUGACCAUCACGAAUAAUCUGAACGCUCAGGACGACGGGGGGCCCUGUGAGGUGGACAGUUGA